AUGAGUGAGAAGGAUCAGCUGCCGGUCGAAGAGAACGAUCAGCAUAGCCUCCAUGAAGCUACUGCGGCAACUACACAAACCUUUCUUCAAACUCCACCCGAGCAACUCUUCUUCAACAGCUCGGCUCUCGCCUGCUCAGUACCGAGGCGUCGAUCUGGUCUGGAGAAUGCCGCCUUCUGUCCACUCACUACUAGUCCAACUUCCGCGGAAGCUGGACAACAUGUCGUGCAUUCCGUGGGGUCCAGUCUUUUGGAAAAGUCUACCAGGAAGGCGAUUGCCAAAAUAAGCAAAACCCACUACUACUCAAUGGUACAUCAAAAAGUCGGGGAAUUACUGAAGAAUACAUCACCGACCGAGGACCACACAACUGACCCCCGAUUAAAUCCCCCAGAUGAAUCGGUAGCCAAGGGACUUUUAUCUUGCCGUGAAAAAGAAGAAGACAACUGCAUGCCCAGACAGUCUACGUCCUGCGCAGGCGAGGUCGAAACCUCUACCCGAAGUUUGGAAGUUACUGGAGAAGGGAUCACUGCAGCGGAUGUGGAGAGCGGGGAGCAACAGGAAGGCAGAGGAUUGGCUGAGACGUAUGAACAGCUUCCGAGCGUCUCUGGCAGUGAGCCGACUAUGUCUCGUUAUGAUCACUUGAUAACAGAGAGGGAAAGAAGCUUGCCAAGACAGGCUACCGUGUCCUUGGACGAAGAGCAAUAUGGCACGCAGUCCCCAGAUGUCUCUGAAUAUCACCUAAAGUCUGGGAUUGGAGACUGGGAUCAGCAAUUCCAGCACGAACACGUCCAAAAGGACAAGGAAGCGCAGUUGCCAACGUCUGAUCCAACACCCCUUGAACAGGAGCCGACAGACUGCCAAUGUAUCGAUGCCACCUCAGUAGGUGUUGAAAUAUUGAGUGCACAGAGCUCGGACACGCCGUCAGAGCCUUCGUCCAAAGACUGUCCCUCCGGGCAUCAGCCCACAGUGCCGGUAAUUCUCCUUCCUAGCGUUAAUCUGAGUGUGGUGCAGGAUUCCGACCUGGACCCAACCAUUGCUCCUUCUUCCGCCUUCCAUGAUGUUACGCAUCUGAAGGUGCCAGACGCCAGUCACCCGAGAGGGAGGCGGGGUGUAAAUAACGUGCCGACAGAGGCCCGAGACAGGUUUUUCUUUCCAAUUGAAGGAUUGUUCAGCGCCGAAGAAGGGGACAUGGACUCAGUGGCCCUCUUGGACGAGUUUAGUGUUACGGCUGCCGUUCCGGGAACCAGCCUAGAAAGCCAUUUAGGUGAAAGCGAGAGAAGUGAUGAACACAGAGUUGAAGUUACGCAUUCGCCCCUCGGAAGCAACGAGGACACGACGGAGAUUCUGGCAGCCUGCUGUUCUCACAAGGAGAAACAGCUGGUAGCGAGCUAUGACUCCACGUCAACCUAUCGCCUUCCGACUACAACUCUGCAAACCUCCCAUCAGAGUUUGCAGCACCGUCCCCAGGUAAACGAUCGGCAUUCUGACGUCACACCUGAUUUGGAGACAGAGAAAGAGGAGGAUGAGCAGACUUUAAGGAGUCUUUACUUGAUCGUGCCUCAGAUGGCACCGGGAGAAUUGGAGUCGGUGUCCUUUUUCCCACUGUCCGAUCGGGCCGGCGACUCGGCUGGUAGCCGAGCCGUCGUCCGUGUUGCGCCUGAACCCUCUAACGUAUGCGUUUGUCCGCAGCCAUGUCUUCAGUGGCCUCAAAAGGUCCGCUUGGAGUCCGUGGAGAGCGUAGGAUUAACGGAUCCUCUCUUCAGUAACGCGCAGGGCCCUUGGAACCUUCGAUUGGUAACGCUGCAUCGGCUGCGGACGUUGUGCUUUUCAAGCCUCUUGUGGAUUUCGGGACAUCUCAUGCAGACAUCACGUGGCAUCUUCGCUAGUUGGAUGGUCCGGCUAUUUCCGAGUCUGUCUCAAAACGCUGUUGGAUACGAAAAUCCAGUCGAUCGGAACAGUUCCAACGCCACAACCAUAGGGGACGGUAUGCUGCCAUCAAUGCGGCUCCUGGUGACAUUUCCGCGGCUUCGAUGGGGAUUACAACCAUCUCCGAUCUGUGCUAUGGCCGGGUGGACUGGUGGUUAUUGGUUCAGGCUGGAACGGGCGGCCGGAUCUAGGCCCCAACAACGACGUAAAGACAUCAGGAGGAGGUGUGUGCGUUUUGUAGACUUCCGAGACCAUCGAAUACGCCGGUGGAGGCAUAUGCGUAGGAAAUGUGAUCCUUUCUAUAAGCCGUUUACUCUCGCCUGACAAAAUUCCAAGUCUCCAGCGGUUUCUUGAAAAACAGAUGUCAGCUUUUCAAGCACUUAAUGCACCAAGGAUGGCCAGUAGGGAAGAGUUGAGUUUCAUUUGUAACAAAAAGGCCUCUUUCUGCAAAACUGUCGUCUGGGGAGAGGCAGUAACAACUACCCCUGCACCAACUGCGAGUGCAUAUAUAGGGGUGCGAUGCACACACAGGGGGGUGUGCAGGCGCAGAGAAGUCGAAUAAACAACGCUUUUUGAGUUUUUUUCAAGUUAUUAUUGGAGGGUCUUGCAGUAAAGCGUGCAGAUGUUCAGAGUUGAGAAAGAGCAUCGGAGAUGUAAGGAGAAGGAACUAUUUUUGUGAGCAAGGAGGUCCCAAUUACGGUUGGAUGUCAUUGCAUAGUCUCUCAGGUCGGAGUUGUAGUUAGCGACGAACUUACUCCCCACCCCACUGAGCCAUACCUCGUCUCGGUAUCCUUUCGUGCUGUAAAGACUCAGGAAAUCCAGGGUCUGACCUCACCGAGCGAGUAGUGGUCUUCCAUUUUGAUAUCUAACGAAGUCCGCUGGUUUUAUUCAAGUGUUUUUGAAACGCAACCAUCGGCGAAUUUGUAAGAUCCCACGUUCUCGAAGACAUUGGGGUUCUAUGCCUCCCGAAAAUUACUUAAAGAAGUAGGGGAGAAAAUCGUCUAGUGGGGUUGUUUUACGAAAGAAAAGUAACGCUUCUCUUUCGAUAUCGAGUAAGCUGCAAAUUCAAGUUCAGAAAAAGAAAAUGUGACCGCUGCAACAAAAAGUUUAUUAAUCUGACGUUUCAGAUUCUCACUAAGACCCAUCAUCAGAUACAGCUUCAGAUAAGGAACUCGCCUGGUUGCUUCUAUCGGCAAAUUCAAGAUCAUACGAAAUGGUUCCAACAAACAACACUGUACUCGGUCCAAGCAAAUAAAACGCCUAAUUUCCCGAAAGCCCAUAGAAAAUGCUGCAAUAAGUAAAUGCACGCAGCAUAGUUCCUCUGAUAUUAAAAGCACAGGACGUUCUUGUUGUGAGACCAGAGUUUCUUGGGGUCGAAGAAUUAACUUGGACAAAAAAUACUACCCGCAAAGAUUGAGUGGUAUCGGUAAGAUAUUAGAAGCGUGGCAUAAAUUCUCCCAAGGCCUUUUUAAAAUGCGAAUCUAGACGAAAGGAAUCCUUGUUACAUUUCGGCGCUUGGAGAGAAUAACUAUCGUGAAUGAUUUUGGGCACACUUAAGCCAGGAUAUCUUGACAGUUCGACCAUCGAUUUCGAUGAUGUCCACCAUGUGCCCCACAGCUACAGCAGCGGUGGGAACAGAGACGGUGACUUGCGCAGAGCUUUAUAGUGCCGGUAGACUUGCGCUGCAUCUACCACACUCUCUCCUCCUCCCCCGCCUGGGCCCGGUGUCAAGACAGAGUCAAGAAGACCGGAGACGAGGGAGGCCGCAGGUGGAUGGCUCGGACGGAUCCUCACCUUGGCGUUUCACCACACUCCCUGGUCCACACAACGAAUAACCAGGAUUUUCACCAACACAACCGAGAUUGGAGGCUGGCAUGACCGAAGCCGCACCUAGGCGUGCCGCCAACGCCUGGCUCGGAUCCCACACUGUGGUGGGAAUGCCAUAAAGGCCACAUUAAAAAGGAGCCAUUGCAGCCUGACUCUCAGACCCCCACCAGUCGAGGAGGAGGUCCAAGUUAUCCCUUCAGUUGACAAACUUCCAAGCCACGGCUUUUAGCGCACCGUGAUAGCUUCAAGCGCGUCUGAUUGUUUAUAGUAUGGAGAAAAUCCGCUGAGUCGUCGACCUCACCCUCCCUUCCCAUUCCCACACCGCAGCCGCUGUCCGAGCCGGUCAGCAGACUGGAGUGGGAAAUGGGCGCGGUGGCUGGCAUGAUCGACUGA